AUGGCCAACGGGACCAACGCCUCUGGCCCGUACUACAGCUACGAGUACUACCUGGACUACCUGGACCUCAUUUCUGUGGACGAGAAGAAGCUGAGAGCCAACAAGCAUUCGAUCGUCAUUGCCUUCUGGGUGAGCCUGGCUGCCUUUGUGGUGCUCCUCUUCCUCAUCUUGCUCUACAUGUCUUGGUCGGGCUCCCCUGAGACAAGGAACCACCCUCAGCACCACCCAGCAUGUCCGUGGAAUCACUUCCUCAACUUCCCCCUCUGCGUCCGGAGGCACCCACAGCGCCACAAGGGCCCUCCAGGGGCCCCCCUGAAUCCUGGCUCAGAGAAGGAACCAGGAAGAGGCUCAGACCCUGAGCAGCCGCUGCAUCCGGGGGGCCCCUCCGCUGUGGCCCCCACACCAUCCCAGUCUCUCCCUGCUCUCCUCUGGGAACUGGCCCAUGAUGGGGGCCCCCACAGCAUCAGCUGA